AUGGGAGAUAUGAGUUAUAGAGAGUUGUCUAAUCAGCUUGCAAAAACUAAGGAAGCUCUAGACACAUUGAAAGGCAAGUAUAAAGACUCACUUUCUAAGAGAAGAGAUUUUGCAGAACAAUUGAUGGAGUUUACUGAAAGUAAUUAUUUUGAUGAAGAAAACACGGAUGCAUUGGUUAAUGAGGUAGAAAAGUUGAAUGAUGACAAGGCAAAUGUGAGGAGAGAGUUGGAAUCCCUAACCAUCAGGAUGAGUCAAGAGCUUGAAGCAAGGAGGACAACUGAAGACAAGAUCCGAGAAAAAGAACAUGAGAUCUUUAAGUUGAACCUGGAGAUUGGAACUCUAUCGGCUUCUAUCCACAAGAGGAGGAACUAUAUCAAAAGUAUUAAGGAUGAAACUGGCCAGGAGAUCUCUGAGAACUCUCUGCUUGGACAGAAUGCGGUGGACUUUUUCACCAAACUGUAUGUGGAUGGUGGAAGGGAUUCUCCACUCCAGGACUGCCUUGUUAGUAAGUUGCCGAUGGCCAUCAAUGAGGAUGACAACCGACAACUUUUGGCUCCCAUCUCGACCGAUGAAGUUCACAUGGUUGUCUUUGUUAUGGGAGCCUACAAGACACCGGGCCCAGAUGGUUUUCCCCCCGACGUUCUUCCAGCAGGUGGUGGAGUCAUCAGGGAUCAUCUAGGGAACAUGGUUGUAGCAUAUGUUGGCAACCUAAGGGAUAAUACAGUCACUCAAGAUGAAGGAAUGGCCCUCCUUUGGGGUUUGAAAAUGGCUAACUCCAUAGGAAUAAAACACCUAGAAAUUGAAGGAGAUUCUCAAAUCAUUAUUGAUUCUACCAAAGGAAAUGCUUUAGUGGGAUGGAGAGUGGAACCUAUUCUGAGGGACAUCAGGUGCUUUCUAGUCAAAAUGGAGGACUUCACUAUAUGCCACAUCUUCAUAGAAGGAAACAGAGCUGCUGAUUCCAUAGCGGCUGAAGGAAGGCUGCAGAAUGGCUUAUGA